UCUGUGUAUUUCUUCUGUAUGUACUGACCCGUCGGUUGGUUUUGUGGAAAAUUCAGGAAAAGAAGAGAAAAUCGGAAGUUCUGUGUUUGUUGUUACCGAUUUUUGAAAAGAAGAAAUGAAAAACAUCUUCUUUUCUAUGUCAAUUUGUUGGGUUGUGAUCAGUCGAGUAGAGGGUUUUGUUUCAACUGAUUACGAAAGAAAAUUCUAGCAUUUAAAGUUUUAAUUUUGGUUGUUUUUUUUUUUUUUUUUUUUUUCUGCCCUUUUCAUAGCAACAAACCACUCGCUGAUUUAUUGGAUCGUUGGAAGAAAACCGAAUUUGGAAUGCCAUGAUUGUUGUUGCUUUCGUUUUUGGAAAAUGGAAAUCAUCCACUCCUACUUCAACCAGUUGGAAGUAGAGGGUUUUCCUUUUUGAUCACAAAAGAAAAAUCUAGCAUUCAAAGUUUCAAUUUUGUUUCCUCGUUCUGCUCUCUUUGUCAGAAAUCCAGCAGUUUCUUUGGUUGUUGGAAGAAAGAAUUCCAUUUUACAGGCGCAAGGACUUGGUUUUAAGAGUGAGAACCAACUAGGCACAACAAUGGAUCUAGGCAAGGAAGUGCCGGAAUUAAAUAGGAAUCUUUAUCCACCUAUAGAGCCGUAUAGCUCAGGUUUUUUGAAGGUUUCAGAUCUUCAUUCAAUCUAUUGGGAGCUGUCAGGAAAUCCAAAUGGGCAUCCAGUUGUUUUCAUUCACGGGGGCCCAGGAGGAGGGACCUCACCAAGUAACAGGACCUUCUUUGAUCCUGAUUUCUACCGAAUCAUUCUAUUUGAUCAGCGAGGUGCUGGUAAGAGCACACCCCAUGCAUGCUUGGUGGAUAACACCACCUGGGAUCUUGUCAAUGACAUUGAAAAGCUAAGAGAGCACUUGGAAAUUCCAGAAUGGCAGGUAUUUGGUGGGUCAUGGGGAAGUACGCUGGCCCUUGCAUAUAGUCAGUCACACCCUGACAAGGUCACUGGUAUGGUCCUUAGAGGGAUCUUUCUGUUGCGGAAGAAGGAACUUGAUUGGUUUUAUGAGGGUGGUGCUGCUGCUAUAUAUCCUGAUGCUUGGGAGCCUUUUAGAGAUCUUAUUCCAGAAAAUGAAAGGGAUUGUUUAAUUGAUGCCUACCACAAGAGAUUAAACUCUGAUGAUAUGGAAAUACAAUAUGCAGCUGCUAGAGCAUGGACAAAAUGGGAAAUGAUGACUGCUCAUCUUCUUCCAAAUGAAGAGAACAUCAAGAAAGGCGAUGAUGAUAAAUUUUCAUUGGCAUUUGCAAGGAUUGAAAAUCAUUACUUUGUGAACAAGGGUUUCUUUCCUUCAGAUUCAUUCCUGUUGGAUAAUAUUGAAAAGAUAAGGCAUAUUAAUGCUACAAUUGUACAGGGAAGAUAUGAUAUGUGCUGUCCUAUUAUGACAGCUUGGGAUCUUCAUAAAGCUUGGCCAGAGGCAGAUUUCAAGAUUGUGCCAGAUGCUGGACAUUCGGCCAAUGAACCAGGAAUAGCUGCUGAACUUGUUGCUGCAAAUGAGAAGCUGAAGAAUAUUAUCAAGAAUGGUGGACCCUGAGAUGAUUAGGUGCAGUACUCAACUUAGAAAAUUACCAAUGCCCUAUACUAUAAUAAUAAGACAUUGAGAGGCAUUAUUUCCUGUACUAUCAUCUGAGAUUUACAAGAAAAUGGGUGUCACUGAUUUUGCUCUGCUUUGGCAUUGCCCUGUAUUUUGAUGGAGUGGAGUCCCUUCAAGACAGAGUAUGAAGGGACUAUGUAGAGUCUUUAUUUCAAGUUCGUAAUGUCAGAAUGAGAAUGGUUUGAAAGGAAUAGUUCUUCGCAUCA